GCGGUAAUGCGUCUUAACACCGCUAAUGAAUCCAGAGAAGAAGAAGUAAGACUGAGGCAUAGAAGAAGAAACUAAAGUGUCACUGCAAACAAACAGCUACCGACAUCCAACAUGACAUCGAAGAAAGUGGUCGAGUUGUUCUACGACGUGGUUUCUCCGUACUCUUGGCUUGGCUUCGAGGUCAUGUGUCGCUACAGAAACGUGUGGAAUAUAGAGCUCAAACUGCGACCUGCGUUUCUGGGAGGCAUCAUGCAAGGAUCAGGCAACAAGCCCCCCGGUCUGGUUCCAAACAAAUUCCUGUACAUGACCGAGGACCUGAAGCGUUUAGCGGGGUAUUUUGCUGUUCCCUUGCAGAGUCCAUCUGACCCCUUCGAAGCCAUGUUCAAGAAAGGCUCCUUGUCUGCAAUGAGAUUUGUGGCAGCAGUACAAGAGAGGGAGAAGGGUGGAGACAAGCAGGUGGAGCAGGUAUCUCGGGAGCUGUGGAGAAGGAUCUGGUGUGAGGACAAAGACAUCACGGAACCUGCAUCGUUGUCUGAGGCAGCAAUGAAAGCAGGACUGUCUGAGAGCGAGAUUAAAGAAGCGCUGAAGCUGUCCACCUCAAAGGAGGUCAAAGACAAGCUGAAAAGCACAACACAGGAUGCACUUGAGUAUGGGGCGUUUGGCUUCCCCCUGCUGGUGUGUCAUGUAAAUGGAAAACCAGAGAUGUUUUUUGGAUCUGACAGAUUUGAGCUCAUGGCCCACUGCGUUGGAGAGAAGUGGCUGGGACCUCAGCCUGGCAAAUCAGCUGCCAAACUGUGAGCUGCCUUCAGACACUGUUGAUAUGCUCACAUGCUUUUGAAUUAGCAUCCCAUUUUGGUGAUUUUCUCUAAUUCUUCAAAUGUUAUAUUUUUUGUGCUGUGCCCUCUGAAACCUAGGAGUCCAAUAAACCUUAAUAACAAAUAGUGGUGUAAAUAAUGUAACAUAAAUUGUAAUAAUAAUUAUGUGCCUAUUAAAAGCAACAUUGACAACUUAA